AUGGCUUCUACAAGUAAAAGAAAUUCUGCAGUGAGAACUCAAAAUACGUUUUGCCCUGAAGGUGGAGUCUGCAAGCACGGAUUCCUCAUCAAAUCACCACCUGUUAAACUUUUCAGCUCACAGAAUUCCUGGAAAAGGCGUUUUUUCAUCCUGUCCAAAUCCAGCAAGGGCAAUUACAUCUUGAAGUAUCUAAAAGGCCAGAACAUAAAAGGCUCCAUAGCUGUCGAUCAAAUCAUAAAUAUUGAAGUUGGCAUAAGCAAUUCUGAAAUUAUGGAAGCGGUGAGGAAGAUGUUUAAAUGCCUUCCUGAACAGUUGAUGUCCAUCAGUACUGGAAACAGAUGUUACUACCUCAUUGGGAGCAGCAGGCAGGAAACAGAGGACUGGGUCACUGUGAUAUCUUCAAUCUGCAGGGAGGCCAAAAGAGGUGGAUGCUGCCCUCAGAACCAAGAUUUUCCAAAUCCAGAAGUCAGAAGCCGGCCCUCUUCUUUGCCACUAUUCUUGAAUUCUGUAGAUACAACCAGUUUCCUGGAACGGCAAAGCUACCAGAAGGAGAAUGGUCCCUCAGAAGACAAGAACAGGCCUAAUUCAGACCCUGGCCCUCAUCAGGCUCUGUGUGACUCACCAAGAGGAGUUUUUCCAAAUCUGGAUAAAAAUCUGGGAAAGAGUGAGGAAAGUCUGCUGUCAUCGGAUACGGAAGAAGACAUCAAAAAGGAUGAAGACGACUAUUACCAAACUCCCAGCAAUAUUUUAGCACAGUGCACUGUUGAAGCAUCAAAGCCUGACCCUACAGCUGAGUCUUAUGUCCCUGUGCAAGAGAAGCCAGUGCAGAAAAACCCAGUAAAGGAGAACAUUUAUAUGUCAAUGAAAUCACUUAGGUUGCUGGAUGAGAGUUGCCAGCUCACGUGCAGACGUGAUGGGCUCCUGUCUCCUCCCAUAUGCCAAUACAACAGUGCAUGCUCAAGAGACUUGGAAGCAAACAGAGACCUAAAACUCCCAGAAAGCAGCACCAGCCAGCAGCCAACCCUUCAGAGAAGGCAAAAUUCAUUACCACUUUCGGUGGUUCAGUUGUCUGUACUGCUCAGUCAAGUUACAGAGGGGACCCAGCUGCAGAAGUUGGAUAUUUUUGUCCCCCUGGCUGAUAUCAAGAGUCACCUAAAACUUACCAAAGCAGCAGGACAAAUAUGUGUCUCACAGUGGACUGGACCUUGCCAACUGGGAUGUUUGUUUAAUCACGGAGACCAUGUAGUGGCUGUGAAUGAUCUGCAACCCCAGGACGUGGAGGAGGCUUACUUCUUCAUCAGCAGGUCCACAAGAAAGGAGGUGAAACUUACUGUAUGUAGGAUUCCACAUUCAGAUAUCUUCCAUGUUAAAGGCUGCUCAUGUUCCUGA